AUGCAUAGGCCUCCACCUAUGGUGACAGCCACUCAUCCUACAGCUCCGUUGACUUCAUUUAAUCAACGAUUAAUGACCGAACUACGCGCAAAGAAAUACAGGCACCAACCUCAUAGAUUAGUGCGAAGCGUUAAAAAUAUCAUUAGUGAAAUUAAAGAGCAAAAACUCAAAUUUGAUCAAACGACCUAUAAUUGUUUAUUGACAGCUCUUAAGCAAGACCAAAAUGUAAAGGAAAUACUGCAAACAUUAGAGGAGAUGGAAGAACAAGGCGUUCCACCUUCCAUAGAGAGUUAUCAUAUUGCAUUAGAGACAGUGGGAAAUGCAAAAUGCAUUGCGCUUAUGUUUGAUUUGAAAGAUGCAAUGAUCAAACAAGGCAUUCAACCUACCAGCCACACCUACCAUAUCAUGAUUAAAAGUUUAUGCUAUGCAGAUAGUUUAGAAGAAGCGCUGGAUGUAUUCCAUUCACUUGGGCAGCCAUCCACCACCACAGAUACCACGGCUGCGACAAUAGAGCCUUCUCCUCUGACGUAUACUCUUUUGAUACAAGCCUGUUUACGUGUCCAUCAUGUGGGUACAGCUUACUCACUCUUACAACAAGCCGAAUCCAAAAACGUCAUCCAAGAUGCCAUGGCGCAAAGUCGAAUCUACAUGAAUGUAUUAAGGGCGGGUGCCGAUGCGGAUCGACUCGAUAUGGUGAAUCAUUGCUGGAAAAAGGCAAUUCAUGAACAAAAAUCCCGACCGGAUGAAGGCGUUUUGUUAAACACCUCCAGAGUAGCAGCCAAGUAUGGUCAACCGACGUUAGUCACGGAUAUUAUUCGUACGCUUGGUGCUCAUGGUUAUCCUUAUAAAGAGCAUUACUUUACGCCUUUAAUGGAAGCUUUUCUCAACAGCACUAAAAAUUCCUCCUGGCUGUCUACCAACAAAAGCAACAGCAGCAACAGCAACAGCAGCAGCAGCAGUAGCCAUGAGGAUCAACAGGAGGUGGACGCGGAUGAAAAAGACCUACCGUUUGUCAAGAAUUUAAAGAAUGCUUUUCAAGUGUUGGACAUUAUGCGUAUUUCCGGCAUUACACCUACCAUGCGUACGGCGCAACCCAUCUUAACGUACCUUCGUGGCAAUGUCAAGAAAGUAGAUGCCGCCUAUUUCGUGUUGGAAGAAAUGCGCAAGAAAGAAAACAGAAACAUUGAUGUGACAGCUUUCAAUGUGGUGGUCGCCGCUUGUGCUCAAUUGGGCGAUAUGGAGCGUACGAUUGCGACGUACCGUGAAGCGUCUCAUUUGGGAGUGACGAUUGAUGUGGAUACAUGUAACGCUGUGUUGGAUGCAUGUAUCUCUACGGCCAUGAAGGGCAUGGGCACGAUUCUUAUUGAAGAUAUGAAGAAGGAAGGCAUUCAGCCCAACAUGGAGACGUAUACCAAGAUGAUUGAGCUCGCAUUGACACAGCGAAAUUAUGAAGAUGCGUUUGUGUAUCUUGAAGAAAUGAAGGGGUAUGAUAUUGUUCCACCCCAAAGAUGCUAUAUGAAGUUGGCACAAAAGUUGGCAAGGGAGAGAGAUCCUCGGUUCCACAUGGUGAUUGAAGAAUUGGAUACGUAUGGCUACAAGAUUAGCAACGAAAGGGUGAAGCAGUUAUGGAAUAAUACCCCUAAUGACAAUGAGCCACCACGACGACAACAAAGAUCUCGGCGUUAUCAAGAUUAA